UCAUCAGCAGAGUGUGGUGCCUUUAGUUACACACAUACUCAGAUUUGCGUCAAUGGCGGCCAUCUCCUUCACUGCAAUGGCGAGCGUGGGUUCGACCAUUUCCAGUUCAGCGGCUUCAGCCCCACGAAGCAUCUCGCAGUUGAAGGCUAUUAACCCCUAUUGUAAUGUUUCUUUGCGAAAAUGUUCGGCGCCGUCUGAUAUCAUCUCGCCAUCGGUCUUCUUCUCCGGUUCAUUCCAUAUCGUCCCUCUAACAUCUUCUUCUUCGUCGUUAUUCCCUUCUUCUCAGAGGAGAACUGGUUUCGUUAGCUCCGUUCGUGCCGCAGCUCAGGACGUCGGGUUGCAAUCAAAAGUCACUCACAGAGUAUAUUUUGAUAUAAGCAUUGGGAAUCCUGUGGGUAAACUUGCUGGGAGGAUUGUAAUAGGAUUGUUUGGUGAUGAUGUUCCCCAAACGGCUGAGAACUUCCGUGCUCUGUGCACAGGAGAGAAGGGCUUUGGGUACAAAGGUUCCACAUUCCAUCGUGUAAUCAAGGAUUUCAUGAUUCAAGGAGGAGAUUUCGAGAAAGGAAAUGGAACUGGAGGCAAAAGUAUUUAUGGUCGAACAUUUAAAGAUGAGAACUUCAAGUUGUCUCAUGUGGGACCGGGAGUCAUCAGUAUGGCAAAUGCAGGGCCAAACACCAACGGAAGUCAAUUUUUCAUUUGCACUGUCAAGACACCAUGGCUGGAUCAGAGGCAUGUUGUGCUUGGGCAGGUUUUGGAAGGUAUGGACAUCGUGAAGUUGAUUGAGUCGCAAGAGACUGAUAGAGGGGAUCGUCCGAGAAAGAAGGUGGUGAUCAGCGACUGUGGUGAAUUUCCAGUAGUCUAAGAUUCCACCCAUUACAAAGGAGCUCUGGUGCUGAUGGACGUAGGAGGCUUUUUCUGAUGUAUGGGAUUCAAUAACCUUGAGUUUUGUAUUUGUUGUAUUCUGAAUGUGGAUACAUGGGAACCAGAGCAUGAUCAGAGUGAGAAAACAUUUUUUUCUUUCCCUUUUCCGCUCAACAAUAUUCAGGCUAUGAGCUUC